AAAAAAAGAAUUGAAAAUUUGAUUUUCAAAUGUUGCUGCAUGGAAGUUGCAAGGCGUGUGUUACUAUUUAUAAAACAAAUGGAAAUGUAUGUUGUAUCUUGAACUUGUCUCUGUGGCGUAAAAUAUUUCUGCUCCGUUUUACUCAAAUCCAACAACAAUUUAGUUCGUUUUGGUUGCGUGUGAGUGAGUGUGCAGCUUGUUUUUGUUUGUAUCUGCCGGUUUUUUUCAGCUACAAAAUGUGCAUUAAACUGUUUAGUUUUAAAUAAAACGUCGUGCUUGCAACAUCUCGUUAACAUACACGCAAACUUUUUUUGUUUUGUUUAAUGGAUAAGUUAGUAGUGCAACUUGUUUUUUUUUCGGAAAAAAAUAAGCAAAAUAUCAUAAAAUUGAAAUAGAAAAAAAAAAAUUCAGAAUUUUUAAAAAUAAAAAAUAUGAAAAUUCGUCAUAAAUUUUAAAUUAAAAGAAAUUCUAACGACAAAUUGGAAAAUUAAUAAGAAAAAAAUUGGUUUAAAUAAAUAAUAAAAAUUAGAGUGAAACAAAUUAAUUGAAAAUUAAAUCUACGAGUGGCUGUCUAAGUUAAAGUCAAAAUUCUUUAAACAGGCUUUGAAUAUGGAAUAACAAAAAAAAAGUAUUGUAAAUUAAUAUGCCAAUUGCAUUGAAUGGAUGUUUGGCAAAUAAUGGAAUAUUUGAUUAAGCAUUAAGUAUUUUUAAUACAACAACGUCCUCUACCUGUCAUACAUUGCAUUAACUCAACGACUAAAUGGAUUAAUAAAGAAAUUUAUAUUGUAAUUACCACAAAAUCCUCUUAAAAUAAGAAAACAUAAAUGAGUAUUUAACUAAAGCGGCUGGUUAGGUUGGCUGGCAGUGGCAAAGUAAAAGGUUUUAAGUUGAAAAUCUCCAACAUAUUAUUGGCAGUUACAUGAUUAAAAGACAUUGGCAAGUCAAUGUUUAAAAAAAAGAGGGAGACUUUUAAAAACGAGUAUUUAUUAAUUGAAAUGUGUAUUGGAAUUGAGGUGUAAAUUAAACCACUAAACUAAAUAAAAAUGUUAAUAAGUUUUUAACGUUUUCACGAUCGUUGUUUAGAGAUUUUUAUUGGGUCUCCUCCUGUUGCAACUGGCAAACAUUCAUUCAUUCAAAACAAACUGUUUUGUUUUGCUUUUUGUUUUAGCAACAUCUCUUAAACCAGUUUAAGAAAAUUAUUCUGGUCUAGAGUUUGGUUUUUUCAAAAGUGAUAUAAAAUAAUAUAAAAAAAACAACCAAAUUAAACGAAGCAACCCGGUUUUGUAUUGCUGUUAAACCUUUACUUUGCUGCUUGCAACAUCAUUCUACGCCUCUACAUCAUCAUCAUCAUCGUGAUCAUCAUCAGUAUUUGGUCGUGAUACCACAAUUUUACCGCUGUUCUUUUAAACUUGCACCACAAAACGAAACCAAAAAUGUCUUUAGUAUUACGCUCACAAAGAGCCUUUUCUGAAAGCAAUGGUAAUUUACCACAAUAUGCUAAUGUACGCAGCUGUAAUUGUUGUCCUUAUGGCUAUCACAUCGAUUUGGAUUUUGUACGCUAUUGUGAAUCGCUGGCCAAUGCCAAGCCAUCCGAAGAAGAAUUACAGCGGCGCUGCAGACGACGAUCACGAAAAUCAAUGGAAUUUAUGUUGGGCUUGGAUUCAAUAUUCGAUCAAUGGGAUAGCAGCGAUAGACAGCAAACUUUAACAGAGUUGCCUCAGGAAAAUGAACUGGACUCCCCCUAUCACAGUCUGCAGCGUACACCAUCCUUCACCUCUACCCCCUAUCAGUAUCAGCCUUUACGCCACAGAUCUUCCUCGGUGCCCCGAUUUAACUAUGGCUCACAAAACUCAAAUUAUCCUCGUUCAGAGUCACCUUUUGGCACGGCCUCAUCCACCUGCUCCUCUUAUCGUGGAGCCGAAAGUGAUGUGCCCUAUCCCAUGCGUAAGCCAGCUGUAAGUCCUCCCGAAACUAAAGCUUUUCUACACGAUGCUUUAGAUGAAGUGUGCAGUGAUUUUGAGAGAACCCUGGAGAGAGCUUCUAUGAAGCGUAAAAAGGCAGGUCAAAGAGAAGAUGCGGGGGGUGGUGACAUGGGUGGUAGAAUAAUAAAGCCGGGUCUUAACAACUACUACAGUAUGGAUCGCAACAAUAAUUAUCCCAAGGCCAUGAGUUAUAGUUAUCAGGAGAGGCCUCGUAAUGGUGGUUGGAACUGGGAUUCAGCUACAUAUACUAAUACCAGAGAUUCCUGUGUAACGGGCAAUAAAUCUCCACGAGCUUCCAGCAUUUACUCGAAAACAUUGCCAUUUCAACAGAAAUUAUCACCGGCCGAACAGCAAUAUGAAUCUUAUGUUAAGGCCACUGUGGCGGCCAAUGCUAAAUCACCGGUGGAGGAAUUAUUAUCGCCACCCACACCACCACCUCGACGUCAUACCUUAACGGCCAAGUUGUCUUUGACUAGUCCACCCACUGCCUUUACCACCACAGAUAGCGCUCAAUCUCCAAGUUUGGAGCAGGUUUUAACCAGUUGCUUAGUUUCGCCCAGUAAAGAGUCAGCAGCAGCUGCUGCUGCUACUGCGGCAGAUGCUCAAACUUUGUUCAAUAUACGCCAGCAAAUGGCCUUGAGUUUGAAGCGCAUGAAAGAUUUAGAGGAGCAAGUUAAGGCCAUACCGAAUUUGCAGAGCGAGCUUUCCCAGCUGCGUGAAGAGAAACAACGCCUACAACAGACUGUCAAAAACAAAGAGGAAGAACUGCUAAAAGCUAAAGAAGCCACACGUUUCUCUUCCUCACCUAGUCCAGUACUUACACCCAAACUAACCUCACCCGUACAAUUUCAGCCACAACGAGUAAGUCCCAUUUCAUUGGAAAGCAUGGGUGCCCGAAUGCAAAGCUCAAACAACAAAUCGCCCAUACUCAAACGAGAUGUGGCCACCAUGUGCAGCAAACAGACUACCCGAGACAUAGCUGUAGGCAGUCCCAUACCGGCCCACAAAACCCAGAGAGAUGUUGGCUGUAAUGCUGGGCUAACGAAAAAUAUCACCGAAAAUUUGUACACCAAAACCGAUGUAGAGGAACGCAUCAAAUUAUCCAUAAGGCAGCAUGAAGAGCAAAAGAAGUUGGAACGUUUAAAAGAUCUAAUAUCGGUGGGCACCCAAAUGUAUGUGGCCAAGAAAGACACUAAAGAUAGCAUGGCGCAAACUAAACCCGAGCCGAAGGUGCAAAAACACAAUGUCAGCGUUAUGGCACAGCCAACAACACGUGAAAGUUACACCAACUGCCGGCCAGACGUACGAUCGGUGGGCAGCUCAAAUGAUUGCGUGUCAGAUGUGCUGUGUGAGAAAUGUUUAGUCACGAAACGUUCCAUAGCAUGUGCUACCGAAGAUGAUGCUAAAGGGGAGUUAGCAAAAACAGUAUCUCUCAAGUUGUUAGACAUGCCGGCUCGUAGCAAUACUUUCAGUUUGGGCGAUAAUGAGAAAUUGAAUAUUAGCAAAAAGUCUACAGGAACCCAAUACACACCUAUCGUACAGCACUCGGCAGGAUCACAGACAUCAGCUGUUGUACAACACACCGUGGGAGUGCAGUUUAAGCCGCAACAGCAAAAUAACAGCACACAAUUUGAGCUGUAUACCAUGGCCCGCCAAACAGAUACUAAGGAUUUGAUUAGACUAUGCACUUCACAAACCAAUACAGAGGAAAUUUCUGCUCCCACACCGGUGAAAGAAAAGAAACCAGAACCUAUUAAACCUAUUUUACAUACAAAAGGCUGUAAUACUGAGUUGAAGAAUUAUACAGAUCAUGGCGUUAAUACUUUGCCACCGGUCACAACCAGUUCUACCUCCUGCAAUACGGAGGAGAUACACAAACGUGAUAUAGCCUGUGGUGAUAUUGUUAAGCCCCAUAUCUCCAUUGCCUGUGCCGACAAUUACUGUGAUUCUUGCAAAGAUGCCAUUAAAAAUUUAGCCAAAGACUUCUCGAAAGUAUUGGCCAGUCCGUUGCCAACAAGAGCUGCCGAAUCUAAAAUACCCAGACCCAAAAAUCUACCCAGUCCUAGUCCGGUGAGAAGACAAUUCUCACGACAAAAUACCUAUACGGUAACGCCGUCACCAACACCUAGUCCCGUGACGGAAAAGAAAAAUAUGGCAAGUUCCUUGCAAGAAAAAUCCUCCUCCACAUUUCAUCAAUUGGAAUCUUCUGGUGAAUCUCAAAGUUUUAUAAACGAGCCAGUGACUUUAAGUGCUAUAACCACACAAAAUCCAAAAUCAACAACAGCCACAACCACAAUAGAGGAAAAAUUGCCCUCAUCAAAUACCUCCCCAGAGGGUACACCACAACGCAAAUCCCUGUAUGACCUCAGCCAAUUGGGUGAUAAUGAGCUCAUUGUUAGAGAAGAAACACGCGUAAGCAUUAGCUGGUCUAGAGACAACUCACCAGCACCUACACCCACACCAGCUACAGCUAGCAAUAGCUGCAUUGAACCCUCCACCGAGGAGGAUAAGCUAAAGGCACAAGCAGAAGUCGCAACAGCUUGUGCCAAAGAAAUAUCACAAGGAGCACGCAAGAAGACAUUGCCCUCACCCUUGAAAUCUAGUCAUGAAGGUAAAUCAAAGCCAGAAACCCCACAAGAAGAGGACCUACCCCAGAAACCUUUACCUUCCAAAGCUUUGUUACAAAAAAUCGCCAUGAAAGAAACAGAGCCCAGGAAAAAAAUCUCUCCCCCUAAAGACAUGUUGGCCGCUUUGAAAACCAUCAACAGUUCGUUGUUGAAAAAAUUGGGCUCCAAGCCUAUGACAUCUUUGAGUUUGAAAAGCUCCAAGCAAACCAUACAACAAGAAUGGUUCCGCUUAUCCAGCUCCGAGAAUGCCGAUCCCCAUGAAGUCGAAGAUUAUUUGGAUUGUUUUGAAGAACUAUCGGUGCCAUUAUUAGAAUACUGUGUUAAUAUGGUGGAUGCCAAUGGCAACACCGCUAUGCAUUAUGCUGUAUCCCAUGGUAAUUUUGACGUCGUAUCCAUAUUGUUGGAUUCAAAGGUUUGCAAUGUAAACCAAAUGAAUAAUGCAGGAUACACAUGCGUCAUGCUCGUUUCAUUGGCAAAAUUGAAAAAUCCAGAACAUCGUACAGUCGUCGAACGACUGUUUCAGAUGGCUGAUGUCAAUAUACGAGCUAAAAAGCAUUGCCAAACAGCAUUAAUGUUGGCUGUGUCGCAUGGUAACCUGGAAAUGGUUCAAUUAUUGUUGGCCGCUGGAGCUGAUAUAAAUAUACAAGAUGAAGAUGGCAGCACGGCACUGAUGUGUGCCGCCGAACAUGGUCGCAGUGAUAUUGUGAAACAUUUACUAACUCAUACCGAUUGUGAUUCAUUAAUACAAGAUGUGGAUGGCAGUACCGCUUUUAAAAUCGCCUGGCAAGCGGGCCACCGUGAUAUUGGCAUAUUUUUGUAUGUCCAUGAGCAAAUGCUGCGCAGCAAAAUGCCUAAUAGGGGAGAAAACCUAACCACAAAACGCAGUCCACCCGCCACCUCGCCCCGUUAUACCCACAAAAGGAAGCCCUCUAAAUAGAUUAUUUUAAUUCAAACACACAACACAGAAAGAAUUACACAUUUAUUUAAAAGCCAGUUUUAAGUUAGUUAAACAAACGAACAAAGUUUUUAGUUUUUAAUUUAUUUAAAUCAAAUUUAAGCAUUUAAAAUGCCACAUUUAUUAAAAUUUUUAAGUUUUUUUUUUUUAAAUAAAGCCACAAUAUCUAACUUAAACGAAUAUUAAAACAAAAUCACAGAAACACCUUUAAUUUAAUAAAGAAUUUACAUUCCAAUCCAUUAAAAAGAAAAAACUCAACAACUAGUUCUAAAGCUUUAAGGACUAUGGACAACGAAUCAAGCGAUAAUCAGUAAAAAUAAAACGAAAAAAGGUGUUUUUUUAAAAAACUUUACAAAACUAAAUUUGUUUUUUCAAAAAAAAGAAGCACAAUUUAAACAUAACUUUAAAGCAAAUUUUUUGAAAUAAAAGCACAAUUUUUAACUACAAAUUUGAUAAAUAUUUCAAAUACAACACAAAUCCCUCCAUAAAAUGUUUUUAAAAACAUUAAAUAAAAAUCGGGUUCUUAAAUAAAUUAUUAAUAUUUACUAACCUCAAAAUUAAAAGCACAAAAUUAAAAUAAAAUUAAAAAAAAAAAAAAAAUUUAACAACAUUUAGUUUUAACCAGGCAUUUGUAAUAUAUUUUGCUUUAAAAUUUAUUUUAAAACAUCUUUAAAUUUAAAACCCUUAAAAUUUUAAUUUAAUUUAGUUAGUUUCUUUUAAUUAAAAGUAAUUAGUUUAAUUUAAUUAAUUCAGUUUCUAAGUUUUAAUAUAAUCUUUACAAAUAAAUAAAACCCAACAAAAUCAUAUCAAAACAAUGACAAAUCUAUUACAAAAAUGAAAUCAAUUUAUUCAGAAAAAGUGUUCAUCCUGUAGUUUAUUAUUGUUCAAAAUUUUACUUAAGUAGUUGUGGAUGCAACACAUUUUCUCUUUAUAUACAUUAUAAAAACAAAUUACAAAUAUAUUCUGUAGUUUUUAAAAAACAAUUGUUACAAAAAUAAAAAUUUUACUAUAAAAAAA